UGCUUGUGCUUGUGCUGCUGCUGGAGCUGGCUGUCAGUGGCUCGAGUUGGCCGUGUUGGUGGAUACCGUGGAUACCGUUGCCGUUUUUGUGGCUCAGAGCGGUUUGUUUGCCCGCGAGCGGAAUGCAGAUAAGCGCGUUUUAAAUGUAUUACUGAUCGCUCGUAUGUAAUACCCAAAUACGAGGGUCGCCCAAAACAUUAUCGAAAGUGCAACAAUAAAUCGGAAAAAGGGUCGUGAAAAGCGUGCGAGCAGGGUGCUGGAAAAAUUGCAUUGCCUUCUUUCUAGCGCACAAAGAAAAUGAGCGCAAAGAUGACGCGCUACAAGCAGACCGAAUUCACGGAAGAUGACUCCAGUUCCAUUGGCGGCAUUCAGCUGAACGAGGCGACCGGCCACACGGGCAUGCAGAUACGCUACCACACCGCCCGGGCUACAUGGAAUUGGCGCUCGAGAAACAAGACGGAGAAGUGGCUGCUCAUCACCACCUUUGUGAUGGCCAUCACGAUCUUCACGCUGCUGAUUGUCCUUUUCACAGAUGGCGGCAGCAGCGAUGCGACCAAGCACGUCCUUCACGUCCAGCCGCAUCAGAAAGAUUGUCCUUCGGGUAAUGAGCUGCCUUGCUUGAACAAGCACUGCAUCUUUGCGUCGAGCGAGAUCCUCAAGUCCAUCGAUGUGACCGUGGAUCCCUGCGAUGACUUCUACGGAUAUUCCUGUAAUCAGUGGAUCAAGAACAAUCCCAUACCCGAGGGUAAAUCCACGUGGGGCACCUUUGGCAAGCUGGAGCAAAUGAAUCAGUUGAUAAUCCGCAACGUACUGGAGAAGCCGGCAAAGAGCUUCAAGUCGGACGCGGAGCGUAAGGCCAAGAUCUACUAUGAAUCCUGCCUGGACGCGGAUGAGCACAUGGAGAAGCUGGGCUCCAAGCCCAUGAACGAUUUGCUGCUGCAGAUCGGAGGAUGGAAUGUGACCAAGAGCGGCUACAACGUGACCAAUUGGACGAUGGGAAACACUCUCAAGAUUCUUCAUAACAAAUACAACUUCAACUGCCUGUUUGGCUGGGCGAUCGGGGAGGACGACAAGAACUCCUCGCGUCACGUCAUCCAGAUCGAUCAGGGUGGACUGACGCUGCCCACCGCCGACUACUACAACAACAAGACGGACAAUCACCGCAAGGUGCUCAACGAGUACAUUGAGUACAUGACCAAGGUGUGCGUCCUGCUGGGGGCCAAUGAAUCGGACGCCCGCGCCCAGAUGAUCGGCGUCAUUAACUUUGAGAAGAAGCUGGCCAACAUUACCAUUCCGCUGGAGGAUCGCCGCAACGAGGAGGCCAUGUAUCAUCCAAUGCAGCUGCGACAGUUGUCCAAACUGGCGCCGUUCCUCAACUGGACGGAUCACUUUGACAAUGCCAUGCAGAUGGUGGGUCGACGGGUCACCGACGACGAAGUGGUGGUCGUCUAUGCACCCGACUUCCUCAAGAACCUAUCGGACAUCAUCCUCAAGAUGGAACAGACCGAGGAGGGAAAAAUCACCUUGAACAAUUAUCUCGUCUGGCAGGCGGUACGCACGCUGACCAGUUGCUUGUCGAAACCAUUCCGGGAUGCCUAUAAGGGCGUGAGGAAGGCCCUCAUGGGUUCGGAUGGCGGCGAGGAGAUCUGGCGUUACUGCGUCUCGGACACGAACAAUGUGGUUGGAUUCGCCGUCGGCGCCAUCUUUGUGCGUCAGGCUUUCCACGGCGAAUCGAAGCCGGCGGCCGAGCAGAUGAUCUUCGAAAUUCGCGAAGCCUUCAAGAAGAAUUUGCAGAACCUGACCUGGGUGGACAAGCAGACGCGCGAGAAGGCCAUCGAGAAGGCCAAUGAGAUCUCGGAUAUGAUUGGAUUUCCCGACUAUAUUCUGGAUCCCGUGGAACUGGACAAGAAGUACGCGGAGUUGAACAUCACGCCGAAUGCGUACUUCGAGAACAACAUCCAGGUGGCCAUCUACAAUCUGAAGAGCAACCUGAAGCGUCUCGACCAGCCGGUGAAUAAGACCAACUGGGGCAUGACCCCGCAGACGGUGAACGCCUACUACACGCCCACCAAAAACCAAAUCGUCUUUCCCGCCGGCAUCCUGCAGACGCCCUUCUUCGACAUCAACAACCCCAAGAGCCUAAACUUUGGGGCCAUGGGCGUGGUUAUGGGCCACGAGCUAACACACGCCUUCGAUGAUCAGGGGCGUGAGUACGAUAGGUUUGGGAACAUCAAUCGCUGGUGGGACUCCAAGAGCAUCGAGCGGUUCAACGAAAAGUCCGAGUGCAUCGCCCGGCAGUACAGUGGAUACAAGAUGAACGGACGCACCCUCAACGGCAAGCAGACGCUGGGCGAAAACAUAGCCGACAAUGGCGGUCUGAAGGCGGCCUACCACGCCUACCAGCGCACCAAGAGCGACCGGGAUGUGGAUGUCUUGAAGCUGCCGGGUCUGAAUCUCACGCACACGCAGCUCUUCUUUGUGUCCUUCGCCCAGGUCUGGUGCUCCAGCACAACGGAUGAAACGAACCUGCUGCAGAUGGAGAAGGAUCCGCACUCGCCAUCGCAGUUUCGGGUGAUCGGCACAUUGUCGAACAUGAAGGAGUUCGCCGAGGUCUUCCAGUGCAAGCCCGGCAAACGGAUGAAUCCCACCGAGAAGUGUGAGGUGUGGUAAGGGGAUAGCGCAAUUUCGAUCUCAGAACGAGCCAAAGAUAGAGCCAAAGCCAAAGCCGAGCAACUAGACAACCAUUUUAAGGUGCGGAUAGUGGUGGGAUGCUGAUGCAGACGCAGACUGGGAGUUACAGCCUCAAAUUGCUGAUCCUGUAUUCCGGAUUUUAUUGUUUAAGCCGUGCUCUUUUGUUUUUGUUUUUCUGUUUUUUUUUUUUUGUAUUAUGGUUGCCAUUUGUAUUUUGUCGAAAGACCGUCAGUCAUUGUGCCUAUGAAAAUGAUAGAAACUGACGAUAAAUUCACGUUCGAACUCCAAGGGGUCUGGAGUGCCGAUCUAUACAUAAUAGAUCCUGGAUCAAGGGACCCUUAACUACAUUUGAAUGUGAACGCACGAGCUACCAACAAUAUGGGAUGGGUGUGUGCCACAAAACGAGAUGCAGCACACGCCCAACGGGGCUGAUAUAUAUAUAUAUAUAAUAUUAUAUAUAUAGAUAUGAUAACGAUAAACGAUAACUUAGCUAACUGUAACUUAGCUAUUUGUAGAACUAUGAAUGUAUAUUGUAUUAUAAAGAUACAAAGUUCGCAGCUCGUGUCCGAAGGAUGAAGGAUAUCACCCACUAAGGUAUACCUUCGAAAGAGUUUGAAAAAUCUCAAUAUUUUUUUUUCUUAAACUACGAUUAUGUCGAAGUUCCUGAGUACGGAAUAGAAAUGAAAUUAUGGGCUUUUGGGUGUGAAAGUGAAAGCGAUAGAGAUAGAGAUAUAGAUUGAGAGGCGAACACUUUUUAAGCUUUUCAGUUGCCAAAGGGAACAGGAAAUAACUGAGUGAUUAGGUUUUUCAUUAUUAUAAGUUGAAAAUUAAAGAACAUUGUUUUUACAAUUGGAAACUAGCUUAUUGUUGUCGAUUUCAUUUUGGCUUAUUUCCUUGGCAGGCAGAAUAGUCAAAUAGUCGAAUGGCAGGAAUGGGAAUGGAUAGAACACAAACCAACACCAAUUAAUUAAUAAUCGCUCAAAUAUUGAGACAUAAAGCCAACCAAAUUGGACAAAGUUUCUUUUGUACGAAAGAAAAACAUAUCAGACUAAGAUGAUGUGAACAAAAGCCAACACCAACCACGUAUAUCUAUGGAAUUUUACUAAGCACCAACUCGGAAUCAAUCCAAAAAUGCUAGCUAUAAGAUAUAGGACAUCCUCAAGCCGAAUCAGUCAGAGCACAAAACUCCACUUUAGCUAGACAAUAUAUGGCCAAAAGGUUUUUCGGUUCACUAGCCCCAUUCUCAAGGGCGUUUCCAUUUACAUAUGUAUGUAGUCUCGGUUGUUAUCUAUAUAUUUUUGAUUCAGAUUUCUAUAAACGUACGUACGACGAAUGCAUUUAUCUCUCCUUUUAGUUUUUACUUUCCCCGAAACAUUUAAUUUGUAAUACUGGGAGUAUCUGGACACAGAACAAAGUUAAGUUGAUGUAUUAUAUAUGUAUGUAUGUAUGUGUUUAUAGUUUUCCCUAAUCAUUUGAUAGGAAGGGGGAAGGGGGGUAGCUAAGGAGAUGUACUAUUAAAACCCCUUUGUAUCCAUGGAGAUAUCAAGCAGAUGAUUUUUGUAUUCUAUAUAUGUACUAUAUGAUAGAUGAAUGAUAAUGAUGAUAACUAUAAUACAAAUAUUAAAAUAUUAUUAAUAUACAAACUACAUAUACAUUAACUGAAUGUUUAAAUGCAAAUUAUUUUUAUUGUCUAUUAAUAAAGUGUAUAUGUGCAUGUAUACAUUUGCGGAAACAAAACAAUAAAUAACGCUAUAGUCGAGCGUCCCGACUAAGGGAUACCCACUA